GUUGACAUGUUCAGACCUAUCCAGUGAAAUGAGAGCGACUGCCCCCCCAUUGCCACUGGGAAUCACCAGCUGUUGAUACAGACUUUUCUGAGACAUUCACCUCGUUUGUGGCUAUAUAUUGUGUCGGUGUCUAUCCGGUUGCAGAAUCCCUUUUUCAUUAUCACCACCACCGACGCUCGUUGUCUGCAUCUAUUCUUCUGCAUCUUUGCUCCUCGCAUCGCGCAUUCUUUUCCUCUCGUCACCCGUUUCAAAACCGAGCCAUCUGCUUAUCAUCCGCCAUCAUGCGUUUCUCCUACGCCGUUCUGCCCCUGGCUGCCAUUGUUGGCGCCCUCGAGGUCACUUCCCCCACCAAGGGCGAGGACGUCGAUGUGUCCAAGUCGUUCACUGUCAAGUGGGAUUCCGUCAGCACCGACGCGUCCACGUUCAAUCUUUACAUCGUCAACAACGCCGUCUACCCCACGGUUGAGCAGAAGAUUGCCUCCGAUGUCGAGACCUCCAAGGGCUCCUACACGGUUUCUGGGCUGUCCGGGUUGACCAACGGCAACGGCUACCAGAUCAACCUGGUCUCCGAUGCGGCCCAGAACAGCGGCAUCCUCGCUCAGUCGCAGCAGUUCGACGUGACGGGAGAUAGCUCUUCCUCCUCCAGCUCCUCUUCCAGCGCCAGCUCCAGCACCUCAACUGCUUCUUCUUCUUCUUCUUCCUCCUCCUCUUCCACCGCCUCUACCUCGGCCUCUACCACCCUCACCUCCUCCGCCAGCUCUUCUACCGGUUCCGCGUCUGCUAGCCACAGCUCCACCGCCAACGGCACCGCCGCGACCACCUCGGCCGUGGCCGGCGCUGGUGCCUCGCUGACGGCCCCUCUGUCCGGCGCUGGUGGACUGUUGAUGGGUGUUUUGGCUUUGGUUUUGUAG